UGAAGCUCUUGGAUGAGUUUGACUGCCACAGCCCGCGAGGUGUGAGCUGUCUGGGUGACAGCACAGGAGGGCGCCCGCCGAGUGCUGCUGGUCGGCUCCUACGACAGCACCAUCAGCGUCCGAGAUGCUAAGAGUAGCCUGCUGCUGCGCUCGCUGCAGGGUCACACCAAAACUGUACUCUGUAUGAAUGUGGUGAAUGACCUGUCUUUAGCGGCUCCAGUGACACAUCCGUUCAUGCCCACAACAUCCACACGGGUGAGUUGGUUUCGUAUCUACAAGGGUCACGGUCAUGCGGUCACAUCAAUAGUCAUCCUGGGGAAAGUGAUGGUGACAGCCUCUCUGGAUAAACUGGUCCGAGUUUAUGAGCUACAGUCUCAUGACCGUCUGCAGGUGUACGGGGGGUCACGAUGACAUGGUGAUGUGCAUGGCCGUACAUAAGAGUGUGGUCUAUACGGGCUGUUAUGAUGGCAGUGUUCAAGCGGUGAAGCUCAACUUGAUGAAGAACUACCGCUGCUGGUGGCAGAACUGCGCUCUGAUCUUCGGCACGACGGAGCAUCUUUUGCAGCACCUCGUCGGUGAUCACAGCAACCUGAACAUGCAAGCGAUCAGAUGUCGGUGGAGAGGCUGCAGCGACUUUUUUGACACAAAUCAGUCUGUUCAGCAGAAGCUGCCUGAACACAUGCAGACCCACGUGGAUAACGACAGUAAAGUGCAGCCUGACAACAGCUGCGGUGAAGAUAUGCAGCAGAUACGGGUUGAUAUCGGUUGAUAUUUCUUUAAUUCUGUUUUAUUUACCAUUCAUUUCCAUUUGGAGAUGUUUUCCAGUUAUGUUUUAGCUUUUGAGGUGCAAAGUACAUGUCUUGGUCGUGUGUAUGCUGUGAUCUCUGUGACAGUGAGACAAGACAGACUGCAUUGAUCCCGUUGCAUGACCAAAUUGAGACGUUCAAUCUCAAACACUCAAUCAGUCCUGUGUUAAAAUUAAUGUUUUCAGCUAAUUUCUUGAUCAACUAAGCCGUUUCAUCUUAAUUGAAUGAGCUGAGUAAUUCAAUACUAUUUUUGGUUUGUUAACACGUUUUUUGUUUUCACUAUGAAUUCAUGGCGUGGUUUUGUUCACCAUCUAUAUAUUAAUGUAUAUUGUUCAGAGAUGUCAUUAGUAUAUGUGGGGCUAAUUACGCGGAACAUUUAAACAACUAUGCAGCACUGAAAUAAACACUUCAGAUUAGCUUUGGCGAAGCAGCCUAGAGUGUGAACGGCCUUCAGAAUUAGUUUUGGCGAUUGACUCAAAGUGGAGGUGACAGGUUUUGAUAUUGUCUGAAUAUGUUGAACAGCAAAGCAAAGAUGCCACAUAAGUUAUCCAUGAACACCCAGUUUGGGACAUUCGUCUGUCUGCCACACUGAGUUAUUAUUAUAAAGGAGUAUUGCACCGAUUUAGCUUUGCGCUCCUGUCACAUUGUUGUUCUUAGAAAGGAUCCAAAUUAAUGCAGCCAGAACACAAUAUUUUCUUUAUUCCAUGAAUUCAUCCUUCCUCGUUAAACCUGGCACCUACAAUACCACAAUGCAACAAGUUACAGUCCUCUGUUAAGCUCACUUCUUUCUUACACCUCCAGAUUUUCAAAACUUGUAGUUUACAGCCCAAAUAACGAACUGUAUCAGAUUUCGGUGCAGCACUGGAGCCACACAACAUUCAGCUUUAUACUUAUUUUUUCACAUAUUCGAUAGAACUCCCCAAGACCUGUAAUGAGACUAAUGUAAAGGACAAUGUGCAAGUGACUGUAAUGUAUUAUAUUCCACAACCUCAGAUAAGUGGAUCAUUUUGGGGUAAUUUUAAGAUUGGCCAGAAGCGCUGAGGAUUGCCAGAAUGAUUUUUUAAAUUAAAUCCUUUCUAAAGUUUCA